GAAGGAUGGUCACUCAACAGGAUUCACACGCGGGCAUCUGAGGAAUUCGGCUUGAUUUUUCAACUACGGCGUUCAAUCUAGACGGGAUCAUGGGGGUUUUUUUUGGGAGGAGGGGAGAAGGGGGGGGAGUUUCAAGCAAAAUGCUGUCCUACUUCACCUCGGAUGCAAUUAUAUUUUUCGCAUUCAACGAUCGCCGUGGCACAAGAAACCCCCGACGCACACAACCUCAUCUCUCGGCUCAACGCCGCGCGACUUCCAUUCCUAGAAUUCGCCUGGGUCCGCACCCUAUCACGACGCCAGCUGAACCACUUCCGCCACGAUCUUUUCGCCCUUGCCUCAUUUAAUACCCCUACCACCCCCAUUCGACUAGCACAUGAUUCUGGGUUUGACGAUCAUGCUCCUAGCAUACACGAUUGUUUUUUGCUUCGGGGAAUUUUCCUAUUAAGAGGGUAUACGUUUUGGGUUACAAAAAAUGGGUUACGGGCUGGAAAAGAAUUGGAUUUUGGCUUGCAUAUAGACUUGUGGUUUCUUUUCCUUUUUUUCCCCUUUGUUUUUCCUUGUCCAUUUCCUCAGGCUGGAUGGUCCCCCCACGGGGACGAGUUUUGUCAAUGGGGUCUCGGGAAUUGUACUGCUACGGAAUCGGAUCCCCGAAGAGCUUUUUGGCUUGGGUUGAUUAGUAUUGUCUGGAUAUUGUACACUUUUGGGAUUGCUCACGCAUUCACCCCUACCUUACCCUAUUUUGAUUUGAGAGGGUUGUUCAGCCAAGCCGCGCUGGGCUGGAACCAGGUUGAUAGAAGAUACCCCCCUUGUUUUAGAAGACCUGUAUAGUAACCUACAGCAUGAGAGCUACACAGCGACCGAGCAUAUCGGAGAAUGAUGCAUCAGAUUUUUA